GAUAUCGGGCACGCUGUGGAGGGUACUACUACUACUAUUACUACUAUAUAGUAAGGGGGUGAAAUGGUGGGGUUUGGGUUUGAUAUUAUGGAGAGAGAGAGGAUCGAAAAAAGAAGAGAGGGUGGAUAUAUGAUAAAGAAGAGAAGGCGAGGUCCAGUGCGCACGAGGGGGAUAGAGUUCCCCAUUUUUUUCUCUUCUCCAUAACCAAUUCAAUUUGGAAUAGCCACCAGGUCCAGGGCGACACAACAACGACGACGACAACGACGACGACGCGAUUUCAGUUCUUCGCGGGCUUCACAACGGCUUGCACACACGCGUUUAUAAUCCCCCCAAAAACGAUCGAUUCCAGGAAACGCGCACGUUUCCCAGCAUCCUUUUCCACUCCAAAAGUCGUUCUCACCAAAACCCACCUCAUUCUCCUAUAGUGAUUGCACAGUGCGUUUUGUGUCGUCGAACCCAACGGGAACGUUUAUUCGUUAGAUUAUUUAAAAAAAAAAAAAAAAAAAAUCAUUGUCAGGUGAAAAAAAAGUCAGGCUCUUAAUUUUUCAUUCUUUUAUUUGAAAAAAAAAAAAAAUUUUCCAGUGUUUAUGUGCGUGAGGAUAUCUAUCGAAUUCUUUACAUUUUGAUAUUAAAACAACGACGGCGAGGAAAUUAUCCAAGAUUCGCUGUUAUGUCUCGACAACAGCUUCCUGGUUGAAGGACAUUGGCUUGGAGUCAUUUAGGACGAAGAGAUAGCGAAUAAAAAGUGCGGUGUAGAAAAAUAAGCGGACAUCAGCCGCAAUUCAAAAGAUGACAGAAACCUCGAGGGAUCCAGAAUUGGCCGAUUCGGAUAAUACCGAUGCAGCCAAAACAUCCCUAAAUGUAACAUGUCCAUCAACCUCAAAAACUAAGCAGCUUCCAGAGAGGGACACAUGGAGUACAAAACUCGAUUUUAUCCUCAGUGUGGUCGGUCUCGCCAUCGGUCUGGGAAAUGUGUGGCGGUUUCCAUAUUUGUGCUACAAAAAUGGAGGAGGCGCUUUUCUCAUUCCCUAUUUCCUAACACUUAUACUUGCUGGAAUUCCAAUGUUUUUCAUGGAAUUGGCAUUAGGACAAAUGUUAACAAUUGGAGGACUUGGUGUCUUUAAAAUAGCGCCAUUAUUUAAAGGCAUUGGAUAUGCGGCAGCUGUCAUGUCAUGUUGGAUGAAUGUUUAUUACAUCGUUAUCCUCGCAUGGGCGAUAUUUUAUUUUUUCAUGUCCAUGCGCAGUGAAUUACCCUGGGGCACCUGCGACAACUGGUGGAAUACAAAAUAUUGUAUUAGUCCAUAUUUGAGGAAAAGUUUACCAUGCUGGAAUACGACUGCCAGGAAUGGUACUUUAUACAAAAUGUGCACCCUUAAUCAAGUCAACGUUACAUGGCCGGAACUUGCGGAUCCCGUUAAAGAAUUUUGGGAACGAAGGGCUCUUCAAAUUUCUGAUGGUGUGGAACAUAUUGGUAAUGUCAGAUGGGAAUUGGCUGUAACUCUUUUUUUGGUAUGGGUUAUGUGCUACUUUUGCAUCUGGAAAGGAGUCAAGUGGACUGGGAAAGUUGUUUAUUUCACAGCCCUAUUUCCUUAUGUACUUCUCACGGUUUUACUGAUCCGUGGUGUUACUCUUCCCGGUGCUGCUGAUGGCAUUAAAUUCUACGUAAUGCCUAAUCUAUCCAAACUAACGGAAUCUGGGGUAUGGAUAGAUGCUGUAACCCAGAUAUUCUUUUCCUAUGGUCUUGGACUGGGGACCCUUGUGGCCUUGGGUAGUUAUAACAAAUUCAACAACAAUGUAUACAAAGACGCUCUUAUCGUGUGUGCAGUGAACUCGUCAACGAGUAUGUUCGCUGGCUUUGUUAUUUUCUCCGUUGUUGGUUUUAUGGCACAUGAACAAGGAAGACCAGUUGCCGAGGUGGCAGCAUCCGGUCCAGGAUUGGCCUUUCUCGCCUAUCCUUCCGCUGUACUCCAACUUCCAUGGGCGCCACUAUGGUCGUGUUUAUUUUUCUUUAUGCUUCUACUGAUAGGACUUGAUUCACAAUUUUGUACCAUGGAGGGAUUUAUCACUGCUAUGGUUGAUGAAUGGCCCAAACUUCUUCGACCACGAAAAGAAAUAUUUAUAGCACUGGUGUGUAUUAUGUCGUAUGUGGUUGGUCUCUCCUGCAUCUCACAGGGUGGAAUGUAUGUCUUUCAAAUAUUGGACUCAUAUGCGGUAUCUGGUUUUUGUUUAUUAUUCCUCAUCUUUUUCGAGUGCAUCGCCAUUAGUUGGGCCUUUGGCGUUAAUCGAUUUUACGAAGGCUUGCGUGAUAUGAUUGGAUAUUAUCCUCUCAUUUGGUGGAAAUUCUGUUGGACAGUGACUACACCACUUAUUUGCAUUGGUGUGUUCAUCUUUAAUCUAGUUCAAUGGAAACCAAUAAAAUAUCUUGAUUAUGAAUAUCCAUGGUGGUCGCAUUGUUUCGGUUGGUUCACAGCAUUGUCCUCGAUGCUUUGCAUACCAGGUUACAUGUUAUAUUCAUGGCUAACAACCCCUGGAGAUACACGAACAAAAUUAAGGCUGCUUGUUCGAAUAGAAGAUGAUGUAGCAACUUUAAGGACGAGAAUGGGUCAGGCUCCUGUGGAAUUGACUCCUUUGUAAGCGCAUUUAAAGCAUAUCAAAUGAAAUGAAAAAAAAAAUAAUAAUAAUUAUUUAUCAGGUCAUUAAGGUCGUGACUUAAUGGUCAGGUGUGUCACCAUUAAAAAGUUCCAUAUAUAUUUAAAAGGUGACUGCGAACCGCCGGCCGGAAUUUCGCACGGAAAACGAUAAUAUAUAACGAUUAUAACGAUAUAUAUUUGCUGCCUGUUGCAUAUAUUAAUAUACGUCGACAUUUAAAGUCGAACGCCAUGUGAAUACAUUAAAAAUGAUGUUUUAACAUCAUAAUGUAUUCACUGUUCAGAAACGUACACUGUUAAAAAAAAUCAUUUUUCAAAAAUGAAAAAAAAAACACACGAAAACAUUUUAAACAUGAAAUUCAUGUUUUUACAUAAAAACAACCAAACAUUCAGUUAUCACAUAAAAGAAAAAAAUUUUGAAAAAAAAACAUAUUUAUCAAUUGUGAAAACACCAAAAAAAAAAAAAACAUUUAUUCUACUUUUGUAGAAUUUGUAUAAGCUUUUUACAGUGUACGUGUAAUGUUUAUAUUUCAAAUUUUUUAUUAAUUUGCUUCUAAAGUCUUCCAAUCGUAGAAUUUACUGAUACUAUAUAUAUAUAUAUAUAUAUAUAUAUAUAUAUAUAUAUACUGUUGUCGUUUAAAGAAUUCCUAAAUAUAUAUAUGAAAAUUCGUAGAUUUUCAAGAAUAUUACAAAUGAAUAUUUGAAGAAAAGUUAAAUUGACUUUUCAAAAUGGGAAAAAUUUUAACAGAAUUAAAUUUCACGAAACAAAUUUUAUAGAAAACAAAUAUACAAAUUUUUUGAUUUCUUUUUUAACAAAAAUCCGUUUGAACAAAAAAAAAAAAAGAGAAAACAACGGACAUCAUAAAUUGAGAUAUAUUUUACGGGAGUAUUUGAUGCUAAUCAAUUCAGUAUUACGUAUCAAAGAAAUCAGUAUUAUGUAUUAUUAAAAAAAAAAAAUAAAGAAAGAAAAUAUAGAUGAGAAACUCUUUAUAGUGAACAAAAGAAAAUAGAAAAUAAUAAUACAAACGCAAUCUUUCUUGUUCGAUAAAAAUUCGAGUCGACCAUAUCGAAUAUUGACCACUUUACGUAUACAAAAUGUGGAAAAAAAAUGAAAUUUUAUGAUGAGUAAAUAAUAUAUAAUUUUUAAAAUAAAUAGUGCUGAAAAAAAUUAUCCGAGAAGAUAAUUUUUUUUCUAUAUAUAGCGACAGAAAUGCAAGCAAAUAUAGAAAAAAAAGACUUUUGACACGUUCACAAAUCGAUGUUCGAGCAACGAUGGUAACUUUUAAAUCUUCACUUUUGUGUAUAACUGAUAUAUAUUGACAAUAAUUUUACGUAAUCUUAAGAUAUUUCCGAUCCCCAUCACCGACAAACAAAAUCAUUUAGUUUUUAUUGAUAAAUCUCAUUUUGAUAAAAUAAUUAUAUGGAAAACAUGUUAUCGUAUUUUAGAUUUUUUUCUUGAUACUGAAUUUUAAAAAUUUUUAUUUAUUUUUUUGUAAGUUUGUAAUACUUUUUAUUGAUAAAAGAAACUUUAAACAAAAAAAUUUUCUUACAAUUUUUACCAUAAAAUCAUUUGAUUGAGAAGAGGAAAAAAAACUUUUAAUUGAUUUAAAAUUUGAAAAUGAACUUUAGGAAUUUUUUUUGUCGGUGCUUUUACGCUACGGACUAAAAAAAUAGUGCCGAGUGUACAGUUCUUCCAAAGAUGUAAUAUAAUUAUAUACAUAUAUACAUGUGUUAGAAAUUUCUUCGUAAUAUUAUUCUUAUAAUUCUAUAUGAAAAUUAUAAACAAUCAUUCUAGUAACCGCUGCGCAACACAAAGCAGACGCACAAAAAGAAAAUAUUAUAUAAAUCGUAAAUUUAGCACCAUGGAAAAGGUGGGGAGGGGGGGGCUAAAAAUUUAUCUUCAAUACUAUAGUUAAAAAGAAAAAUUUCUUUUCACCUAUAAAAAAAUAAAUAUAAAAUAUAAUUUUCAUUGAAAAUUAUUUUUCAAAAUGAAAAAUAUAUUUUCAAUGGAAAAAUAUUUGAAGAAACUACAAAAUUUAAUUAAUUUUUUUUUAAUGUUUAAAGACCGCCUUUGAUAUUGUCAAUCAAAGACUAUUUAUAUAAAUAGUCUAAAAAAAUUGGUCUAAGUAAAUAUGCCUAUAUUCUCUGCAUUCAUAAAAGAAAAGAUUCUUGAAAAGACGUUUUGAGAACAAUUUUUUAAAUUAAUUAUUAUUAAAACUAUCAUUGAAAAAUUGUAUUUAUUAAUUAAAUUAAAUAUUAAUUUGAAAAUAUUUGUUUAAAAUAUAAAUUAAUAUUGUUUCCCUCGUAGGAUAUUUAAUAUAUAUGUAUUUAAAUUUUUUUGACUAAAUUAAAUUUAAUUUACAAUUAAAACUUUCAGUGAAUUUUAGCAAUAAAAUUAAUUUAAAAAAUUGUCAUAUUAAAAUGUCUGACGCGAAUACUUAUUAGCCUUAGAAAAAAAGCAGUGUGUUAUUGUACACUAGUUCGAAAGGUGUUCAAAACAGCAAUUAACCAAAACUAUAAUUAUAAGAUCAUUAAUCGUAUUAAGAUCUUAGAAAAAUGAAAAUUUUCUUUCCAAUGAUCUGUUAAUCAUUGUGACUUCGUCGUUAUCGAAUUUUCGAUUAUAGAACUGCAAUUAUAUAUAGUAUAUAUUAAAAAAAAAUUUAAUAGAAAAGUAGUCAAAUCUAUUUAUGAAAUAGAAAUUAAGAAAAAUAUAUAUAUUAUGCGCAGUGACUCUGGAGGGGGACCACUGGGCAUUUUACAACAUUUAACAAAAACUAUUAAAAAAAAAAAGAAAAAAAAAGUGUUACCUGAAAGAAACAUUGAUUAAAGUGUGUUGCUUAUAUAAGAGAGUUUGGACAACAUAUCGAUAAAUCGAUAAUAUUAUAAACUUUUUUUGGAGAAGCGCUCCAAUUAAUGUUAGUCUAUAUAUAAAUAUUAUUUAAGCGGGGUCAACUAUAUUCACAACAUAAUUCACAUAAAUUAUUAAUAAUACUAAUUAUUAAAUAUUUAAUGCAUUAUUCGAAAAUGAUAAUAUUUUAUAGCUAUUAAUAUAUUAAUUAAUCAUUAUUAAUUUUGCUAAAUUAUUAAUAAUUAUUAAUAUACAAAAUAAUUAUUAAAUAUUAAAAUACUUAUAAGCCAUUAAAUAUUUAAUAAUUACACUAUUAAUUAUUUUAUUCGACACGGUACACUUAUAUCGAGAAUAUUGAAAACAGCGUUAUAAAUACCAUUUUGAUGACUCAAUUCGUUUUCAUAAAAACGAAGUCAUCAGGUGCACAAAUUAAAAUCUGUAUUUAUAUAUAGCAAUUAAUGGCGACACAUUCAUUAAAGUGAGAAUUUUUUUAAAUAUUUGUUUUCCAUUUCUCAACAGGAAAACUGCAUUAAAAAAAUGUUUCCUUAAUUAUAUCUAAUUUUCAAUGAAGUUUUUUCAUUCGAGGAAAAAAUUUUUUUUGCAACUUUUUUAAUUUAAAACAAUAAUCUAAUUUUUAAUUAUUUUUUUGCUUACUAAUUUGGAUUUAAAAAAACUUAUCAAUUUAUCUAAUUUAUUUUAAAAUCUUUUAAAAAGAAAUUACAAUUAUUAGAAAUAAUUCUGUACUGUUAAUUUUUUAGUUCUUUUCUUUUUUUCGGUGAAUUAAAUUUAAAAAUUAAAAUUUUUCAUUUCAUUAAAUCACAUUAUGAAAAAUAAUUCAAUGAAUGUUGAGUCAAAAUUAAUGACUCUCAUUUCGCCAAAAAAAAGUCUGUUAAAAAAACAUUCUAUAGUUAUUGAUAUAUUAGUCACUAACUGUGUUAAUGUUCACGAAUUCAUGUCAAUCACUAUUUUUAGCGAUCGUUUUACAAGAUUUCAGACAGCAACACCUAUCUUGUGUUAUCAAGAAGCAUCAUAAGCUGAAAAAUAAUAAUUGUUAAGAUUACACAUUAUAAAAAAAAAAAAAACUAAAUGGCUUUAAAAUGAGUCGCAAAAUAUAUAUAUUCAAUGAAAAAAAAAGUUGAAAAAAAUCUAUAAUGCAGUAAUUUCUCAUCUGUAAAGAGCUCACGCGUAAAGUUAUUAUAGAAAAAUAUCCAAGUCUUCCUGAAAAAAACUAGCAUAUCAAAACUAUUAUCAUUAUAAAAGACAGUAUGUCAUUUAAAUGCAAUUUACAUACGACACGUAAUUUAAAUAAUUUAGCGCGUGCCAAAAAAAUUUAAUUCCAAUUUAAACGGCGCUUACUAUAUUAUUAUAAUUAACAAAAACAAUACAAGAUUAAAAAAACAGAUAUUUAUACGUAAUACCUGUUUUUCUCUCUUUUCUUAUAUCAUAAAAAACCAAUUUUUUAUAUUAUUUAUUAUUUGCAAAAUAUACAAGUAAUUAAUUAUAUGAGUAUAAUUAUUAAAUUAUACAUAUGUACAAUUUAGGUUUCAACUUUCUCAUAUUACUUUUUAUAAUUAUUAAAUUAUUAAUUAAUUAUAUAUCUUAAGUACUGAUAUUCUUUAAGUUAUUUUUAAUUUCAUCAAAGUUUUAUGAACUGCAAAUAAUUACUAAAGUUCGUACAUGAGUGUACCUUUGUUAAUGUGUAGGACUUACUUGAAUGUAAUCUAUGGGUGUAAUCAAAUAAAUGAUAAUUAAUUAA